AUGUCGACGAACAGCAAAGUUGGCAAGAAAAAGCGUACGAAGACCAAGAAGUCCGACCCAGAUGCGGGUCUAUCUUGGACAGGAUCGCCCUGGGACAAGACUGUAUGGGGUGACCCUGAUGUCAACGAGCUGGAUUUAAACACGUCCUAUGAUAAUGAGGAGAGGGAAGAACAGAUAAAGAACUUGAGAUGA